GGGAGAUCUUCGAGCUGAAGGCAGAGCUCAACAGUGACAAGAAGGAGAAGAAGAAGGAAGCAGUAAAGAAAGUGAUCGCAUCGAUGACUGUGGGCAAAGACGUCAGUGCCCUCUUCCCUGAUGUGGUGAACUGCAUGCAGACAGACAACCUGGAGCUGAAGAAGCUGGUGUACCUGUACCUGAUGAACUAUGCCAAGAGUCAGCCCGACAUGGCCAUUAUGGCUGUCAACACCUUUGUGAAGGACUGCGAGGAUCCCAACCCCCUCAUCCGGGCCCUGGCUGUACGGACUAUGGGCUGCAUCCGAGUUGACAAGAUCACAGAGUACCUUUGUGAGCCACUUCGGAAGUGCCUGAAGGACGAGGAUCCAUAUGUGCGCAAGACCGCGGCCGUGUGUGUCGCCAAGCUCCAUGACAUCAAUGCACAGCUGGUGGAGGACCAGGGCUUCCUGGACACCCUUAAAGACCUCAUCUCCGACUCCAACCCCAUGGUGGUGGCAAACGCAGUAGCUGCCCUUUCCGAGAUCGCCGAGUCCCACCCCGGCAGCGCCCUGCUGGGUCUGAACCCGCAGUCCGUCAACAAGCUUCUGACGGCCCUGAACGAGUGCACUGAGUGGGGCCAGAUCUUCAUCCUGGAUUGCCUGGCUAGCUAUACGCCCAAGGACGACCGCGAGGCUCAGAGCAUCUGUGAGCGGGUGACACCCAGGCUCUCGCAUGCCAACUCUGCAGUGGUGCUGUCCGCUGUGAAGGUGCUGAUGAAAUUUACGGAGAUGCUGUCCAAGGACCUGGACUACUACGGCACGCUGCUCAAGAAGCUGGCCCCGCCCCUGGUCACGCUGCUGUCAGCCGAGCCGGAGCUGCAGUACGUGGCACUGCGCAACAUCAACCUCAUUGUGCAGAAGAGGCCUGAGAUUCUGAAACAUGAGAUGAAGGUGUUCUUUGUGAAGUACAAUGACCCCAUCUACGUGAAGCUGGAGAAACUGGACAUCAUGAUCCGUCUGGCCUCCCAGGCCAACAUUGCCCAGGUAUUGGCAGAGCUCAAGGAAUAUGCGACGGAAGUGGAUGUAGACUUUGUACGGAAAGCUGUGCGCGCCAUCGGUCGCUGUGCCAUCAAGGUGGAGCAAUCUGCAGAGCGCUGUGUAAGCACGCUACUCGAUCUCAUCCAGACCAAGGUCAACUACGUGGUCCAGGAAGCCAUUGUCGUCAUUAAGGAUAUCUUCCGCAAGUACCCCAACAAGUACGAGAGCGUGAUCGCCACGCUUUGUGAGAACCUGGACUCCCUGGAUGAGCCUGAGGCCCGGGCUGCCAUGAUUUGGAUUGUUGGGGAGUAUGCAGAGCGAAUUGACAAUGCCGACGAGCUGCUGGAGAGCUUCCUUGAGGGCUUCCAUGAUGAGAGCACCCAGGUCCAGCUGCAGCUGCUUACAGCUAUCGUGAAGCUUUUCCUGAAGAAGCCCACAGAGACCCAGGAGCUGGUGCAGCAGGUCCUCAGUUUGGCCACUCAGGACUCAGACAACCCCGACCUGCGGGACCGCGGCUACAUCUACUGGCGUCUACUCUCCACGGACCCGGUAGCUGCCAAGGAGGUGGUGCUGGCCGAGAAGCCUCUCAUCUCUGAAGAGACAGACCUCAUUGAGCCCACGCUGCUGGAUGAGCUCAUCUGCCACAUUGGCACACUGGCCUCUGUCUACCACAAGCCACCCAGUGCCUUCGUGGAGGGUGGCCGAGGAGCAGUGCACAAGAGCCUGCCGCCCCGCACUGCCUCGAGUGAGAGCACAGAGAGCCCUGAGACAGCCCCUGCCGGAGCCCCACCUGGUGAGCAGCCAGAUGUCAUUCCUGCUCAGGGUGACCUUCUGGGGGACCUCCUCAACCUGGACCUCGGCCCCCCAGUGAGCGGCCCACCCCUGGCCACCUCCUCAGUGCAAAUGGGAGCUGUGGACCUUCUUGGCGGUGGCCUUGAUAGCCUGAUUGGGGACAACAACUUUGGCGCACCCCCAGCAGCAGCAGUACCAGCCAGACUAGGCGCACCCAUCAGCAGUGGCCUUAGUGACCUCUUUGACCUGACCAGUGGUGUAGGCACCCUGUCAGGUUCCUAUGUGGCCCCCAAAGCAGUCUGGCUCCCAGCCAUGAAGGCCAAGGGGCUGGAGAUCUCGGGAACCUUUACCCGCCAGGUGGGCUCCAUCUCCAUGGACCUGCAGCUGACCAACAAAGCCCUGCAGGCCAUGACAGACUUUGCCAUCCAGUUCAACCGCAACAGCUUUGGCCUGGCCCCCGCCGCCCCACUCCAGGUGCACGCACCACUCAGUCCCAACCAGACUGUGGAGAUCUCCCUGCCUCUUAACACAGUGGGCUCAGUCAUGAAGAUGGAGCCUCUGAACAACCUCCAGGUGGCUGUGAAGAACAACAUUGAUGUCUUCUACUUCAGUACCUUGUACCCUCUGCAUGUCCUGUUUGUGGAGGAUGGGAAGAUGGACAGGCAGAUGUUCCUGGCCACAUGGAAAGACAUUCCCAAUGAGAAUGAAGCCCAGUUCCAGAUCAGAGACUGCCCCCUCAGUGCGGAGGCCGUGAGCAGCAAGCUGCAGAACAGCAACAUCUUCACCAUCGCCAAGAGGACCGUGGAGGGCCAGGAUAUGCUCUACCAGUCCCUGAAACUGACCAACAGCAUCUGGGUGCUGGCGGAGCUGCGGAUCCAGCCAGGCAACCCCAGCUUCACGGACUUGGAGCUGUCCCUUAAGUGCCGAGCGCCAGAGGUUUCCCAGCAUGUGUACCAGGCCUACGAGAUCAUCCUAAAGAACUGAGCCCUUCCUGCACCUGCUCCAGCCUCUGCCAGCCCCAUCCAGGAGUCCCUGGGGGUGGCAGAGCCGCCUUCUCACAGGAGGGGCUGGCUUUGGCUCCUGACCAGCAGGCAGUCCCUGAUCCUGAUCUCAGGGUCCACUGGGGUUCUCAGUGCAGGGAUACCCCCUCCUGAGCUGGAAUCUUAGUGCACCCUAUGCUCUGGGGGGCCCCUCCUCCAUUGCUGCUCUGCUGACACGUGGCGUCAGGUGAGGAGAGAACCAAAGGCAACAGCCAGAGCAGCAGCAGCAGCUGGACAGCAGGCCAGAGUCGUCAUCCUCCUGCCCUGUCACCACCUCGAGCCUGUUCUGGGUGUGUGUGGGGGGCCCCUGGGUAGCAGAGCUGCUGUCAGGCUGGAGGUGGUAGCAGGAGCAGAGCGGAACCAGGAGGAGCCCUGCACCACCAUCCAUACUGAUGGGCCAGGUGAUCACAGCCAGGCAGGAGCCCUGAGCCUGCCCUGGCUCCCGCUCCCGCUCCCACCCCCUCCUGAGGACGGUCAUGCCUACCCAUACAUUCCUUGCUGUACCCUCAGCGAGUUCCGGGCUCUUGGAGCAGAGAUGGGGUGAGGCUGAGACAACAGGUGUGCGUCUAGUGUCCACUGUCCUCCCCAGCCCCAUCUGGCUGACAGCACGUUAGGUUCUUCUGUCACUGCUGUUUGAUAAUAAAGAGAUUCUGCUUUUGGCAAUCACUGAUGCCUCUUUCCCUCCACAAAGGUGAGAAUGGAGACAGCCCCU